AUGGCUUGCUCCGUUUGGGCAAAGGUGGCUGCUUUGGCUGAACGGAUGGGAGUGCAUCUGACCGCGUCGCGGCGGCUAGAUGUGUCAAAGGCUCAACUUCGCGUCCGGGAAAUUGUUCGACAAAUCGAAAGUGAGAUUUGGGCAGGUUUGCGGCUGGAAUUCAUCCCACUUGUCCGAUUUUUCCUCUCAGAGUCUCUCCUAGAGAAGAGCUGGAAGAUUGUAGGCAAAGCUUUCGGUCCACUUGAGAGCGUUGGCGAUCCAAUUGUUGUCAGCGGAUGGUGGCUGACCUCUAUUAAGGUCCCACUAAGAUUUCAGCACGCAGAGUUUGGUAUGCUACUACAAAUGACUUCGGCAGGCAGUCUUGUGGGUCUUCGCUUUCUCCCAAUGAGAGCGCUCGGGCUCGGAGCUGGCUGGCAGAUGCCCUGCUAUGCCGACAACAUUGCACGCGAAUUCGAUAUUACACUCGGGAAAAGUGAAUCCAAGGUCGGAGGAACUUUUUGUUUGCCUAAUAUCACGGAAGAGCAAGCUGGGAUACCAAGGUUCCCUUGUGUGGUUUUUCUGGCGGGCUCGGGGCCAUGUGAUCGAGACUCGACGGUGGAGGAUAACAAGCCAUUCAAAGACCUUGCAUGGGGUCUAGCUCGUCAUGGAAUUGCCUCUAUUCGAUUCGAUAAAGUGACUCGCACCUACCCUAAAGUUUUUCGCAAUCGCAAGAAUAUGACCUUGACAGACGAAUAUGUCGAACAUACAGUCGAUGCUAUAUUGCAGGGCCAGAACCAUCCGAAUGUCCUUCCUGAGCGAAUUUUUGUUCUGGGACAUAGCCUUGGUGCAGUGGUUGCUCCCAUAGUCGCAGCUAUGGAAGCUUCAGUCGCAGGCUGUGUCAUCAUGGCUGGGCCAGCGGAGCCAAUGUAUCGAUCUUUGAUCCGACAGCUUCGCUAUAUUCAAUCGUUGGAUGGCCCAGAAGCAGUACUUCUCGGCAAGCGGAUUCAUGAAGCGCAGGUGCAGGCUGAUUUAGCAGAUAGCGAUCAUCUCACGUUGUCAACGCCUGCUAAGCAACUUCCAUUUGGGAUAGGCCCGUCUUAUUGGCUUGACUACCGCAAAUUCGACCCCAUUGGAACUGCUAGCUCUAUGAGGAAGCCUAUUCUCAUCAUGCAGGGUGGCAGGGAUUAUCAGGUCACCGUACAAGAUGAUUACAAACAAUGGCACACGGCUCUCCACGGAAAACACAAUGUUCAAUUCCAUUUAUAUGAACAACUAAACCACCUUUUCAUUGCGGGAAAAUUGCCAUCGACACCACUCGAAUACAGUGCUCCAGGCAACAUAGAUGAGCAAGUUAUAAUCGACCUUGCCAAAUGGGUGCAUGCAAAUGUACUCUAG